CUGGUGUACUGUAGACUUCUCUGACCUACACUGUACUGUGGCUGUUUAGCGUGGUUUUCAGUCGUGAGCAUCUAUACAAGUGACUGAGUGGCCACCUCAUCUGUAUGUGUAUUUCAUUUGUACUGUGCCUUUAGUGUCGUCUUCCAUGUCUCUGUCCCCUUCACCUCUCCGUCUCUUCCUCCCCAUCCUCCUACCAUCGCUGUCUCUCUGCUUCUAUGUGCCAAGUUCAAGCGUUCUUUCAUCCUUCAACGAUCAGGUCAGACAACGGCAUCUCUAUACAGAGACUAAAAGACAGGCUCAGUUCCUGGAGAUGAAGCCUGAUGGUUCCGUCGUUGGCUCCCCCAAAAUGUCUCAAUACACUACUCUGGAGCUGCGGUCCAUCAAAGCAGGACAUACUGUCAUAAAGGGCCUGGCUUCAUCGCUGUUCCUCUGCGUUGACCAGAAAGGACACUUCAGGGGAGAGCAGACCUUUAUAGCCUCGGACUGCAACCUACAAGAGGUGCUGACGGCGGAUGGAUACUCCAUCUUCUUAUCACCUCACAGUGGGCUUCCUCUGUCCCUCAGACGGAGAAGCGGACAGAUAUUUUUCAGGUUCUUGCCGCUGACAAGCGACCUGUCAAUGGAGGAGCAAAAAUAUCCGGAGCAGCAGGAGACCUUGAGAAGUUUCAACUCCGAACAAAAUUUCAACUCCCAUGAUCCCCUGGGGAUGGCACAGUCCCAUUCCAACACCUUCUUCAGCCCGAGUCUGGACACGAAAAGAUAGAAAUUCACACAGUGGGUGCAGUGAGUGUGGGAGCGUGUGGGAGUGUGUGUGUGUGUGUGGGAGCGUGUGGGAGCGUGUGUGGGUGAGUGUGGGAGCGUGUGGGUGCUGUACGCAUAGACUUUUUGGACAUGGUGACGCAUCAUUUUUGAGAUAUGUCUGCAGGUUUUAUGGCCUAUGAAUGUGAAUGGCAUGGGUGACUGAUUUGGCUGAAUGGCUGAAAACACCAUGUGCCAACAACAUUUUUGUUUUGUUGUGUCUUUUGUAUAUUGUAUCUGCAUUAUAUCUUAUUUAAUAAAUAUCUUAUUUAUUGAAA